AUGCCCAAGGAGCAGAAGAAGCGCGGCCGCCGCGACGAGAAGAAGCGCGAGGAGAAGAAGCGCAAGCGCGAGGCCGACGAUGUCGACGACGUCUCCAAGCGCCUCAAGCAGGCCGACGUCGACCCGGCCCACGAGGCACCGCAGUUCCCAGACGAGGCCGUCGAUGGCGUCACCCGCCCGGGCGAGAUGCCCUACUACGGCCUGCUCGACGACGACGAGCAGGAGUACUUCAAGCGCGCCGACGAGAUGCUCGAGUUGAACCGCUUCGCCGACCCGGAGGAACGCAACCUCUUCCUCGAGAGCGUGUGGAAAGAGGCCGACGGCAAGGAGCUCAAGAUUGCCAACAGCCAGUCGUGCUCGCGCCUGAUGGAGCGCCUCAUCCUGCUGUCCACGCCCGAGCAGCUCAAGGGCCUGUUCCAGAAGUUCAACAGCCACUUCCUGCACCUCGUCCAGCACCGCUUCGCUUCCCACUGCUGCGAGGCCCUCUUCAUACAGGCCGCUCCCGUCGUCUCCCAGGAGCUCGCCAACCCGGCCCUCAUACAGACGCCGCCCUCGUCGUCUGAUCCAGACCAGGUCAUCGUGUCCAUGGAAAACCUCUUCAUCUACACCCUGAACGAGCUGGAGGGCUAUCUCGGCUACCUGAUGACGGACCGCUUCGCCUCGCACGUGCUGCGCGUGCUGCUGGUCGUCCUAUCUGGAGCGCCGCUGGAGAAAAACGCAAAGUCGGUCAUGCAGAGCAAGAGGAAGGAAAAGGUUGGCAUCUCCGGCUCCGACAAGGGUCAAGAGAGGGUCUUGGAGCAGCGAACCGUCCCAAAGGCGUUCCUGGACGCACUCGAAAAGGCCAUCAACGACAGCGUGUCGGGGCUCGACCCGCACUACCUCCGCUCGCUGUCCACACACCAACUCGGCAACCCGACGCUGCAACUGCUCCUCAAGCUAGAGCUGUCGCAUUUUGGCAAGUCACGGGCAAAGGACGAAAAGUCAAUCAUCCACAGACUUCUACCCGACGACCCCAUCGCAGAAGGGACACCAAGCGCCUCUUUCAUCAACGGGCUUGUCUACGACCCCAUUGGCUCCCGACUGCUGGAAACCAUCAUCGAGAAUGCUCCCGGCAAACUGUUCAAGUCCAUCUACGGAGAAUUCUUCAAAGAGCGAAUAGGCAGUCUGGCUCGCAACGAGAUCGCCGGCUACGUCGCUGGCAAGAUUCUCCAGAGGCUGGGCAAGGAUGAUCUGGCAGAUGCCAUGCGCCAGAUUGUUGAUCAGAUUCCCAACCUAGUCGAGAGGAGCCGAACCGCCAUCAUCAAGACGCUCAUCGAGAGGUGCGCCGCUCGAGAAGUUGACAUGUCCCCCAUCAAGGCCCAACUAGAGACUGCAUAUGCCGGCUCCAACGGAUUCGAAGUCACGCGUAUUCUCAAACUCCACGAUCUGCCUGAAGACGGGAAAGUGAACGGCAAAUCAGACCAUUCUCCGGAGAAGGUGCACGGGUCUUUAUUGGCGCAGGCUAUGAUGUCAGUGGGAGGGCCCAUGGGUAACCUGAUCUUUGACUCCCUGACGAAGCUAUCCCAAGAAGUCUCGAUCCAGCUGGCGCGUGAUCCUACCGCAUCGCGCACACUACAGGCGGCGUUAACAUCGCCCAACGCCUCGGUCAUCUUCCGCCGGAAAAUGAUCAUGCAGUUCUACGGCAAAGUGGGCGAACUUGCGCUUGACCCUGCCGCCUCCCGCGUCAUUGAUGCCGUGUGGGAUGGUACAAACGGUCUAGCCUUUAUACGGGAGCGUGUCGCUGAGGAACUUUCGGAGAACGAGAACGCAAUGCGCGAAUCGUUUGUCGGUCGCGCAGUCUGGCGAAACUGGCAUAUGGACCUUUACAGGCGGAAACGUACCGAUUGGGUCAAGCAGUCACGCCACACAGCUGGCAACGAUGGGUUCCAGUCUUUCCCCGAGAGCAAUGGCAAGUUAAAUGCUCCACAAAAGGGCAAACACAUGACUGCGCUCGAGCUCGCUCGUCAAAAACAUGCUACAUCAAAAGCAGCCGAGGCGAAGAAAAAGGAAGCCCAAGCGAAGAAGGACAUAAAGGCGGACAAGGGAAAGGCAGCCGUUGUCGCGUAG